GGGCUGCUCCUCCCCGCACGCACCCGGAAGCACAGCCUCGCCAAGGCUCACAACCGGGAGAAGCGUCGCCGCCGCCGCCACCACCCACCGUCACCUCCUCAGUCAUGCCGAAGCACGAGUUCACCGUAGACAUGACCUGUGAAGGCUGCUCUAGUGCAGUCACUCGGGUCCUCAACAAGCUGGGAGGAGUUCAGUUUGAGAUCGACCUGCCCAGCAAGAAGGUUUCCAUCGAGUCUGAGCACAGCGUGGAUACUCUGCUGGAGACCCUGAGGAAAACAGGGAAGACCGUUACCCUUCUCAGCCCCAGCUAGUGAGGGCCUGGGCCCCCAGCCUGCAGGAUGGACCAAAGUGGGCAGCUUCAACAUGAGACUUCCAAUUCAAAGUCCAAGAUGGCUGACUGAGCUCCACCAUCAUGUCCACCUUAGAGCCAACAAGAAGAAGGAUAAGAAAGACACACCAUCUCAUUUUAAGAAAACCCCCAGAAGUAGUACUCAAACAACCUUUAUUUACAUCUCAUUGACCAAAACUUAAUUGCAUAGCCCUACCUAUCUGCAAGGGAUGCUGGGAAAUGUAGUCUUCUAUCUGGGUGGCCAUGAACCCACCCAACUGUAGUUUCCACAACCAGGGAAAAAAGGAAGGCUAGAUUUAGGAGACCAACAGAAUCUACCACACAUAUUAAUGGAUUUUUUUGUUUUUGAUGUGUUGAAAUUUAAUGGGUGACUGAUAUCAGUGUCUUUGCCGCUUUUCAGUCACAGUUUUAAAUAUAGCUUGAAGUAUACAAAAUGAGAUGAAUAUUAGUCUGUGGAACUGCAGAAGCACUCACAGAAUGUGGCUCAUAAAGCCCUGAACUAGAGAUUCCCUCAGAGCGUUUCUAGCUUUGACAUUCUAGAAUUCUAUGAAAGCCCUACCCCCUUCCAUGAACUUACAGAGGACUUUAUCUCUGGGGACUGGCAGGGGACUUCUCGUAACCUUUGGGACUGAGAACUGUGCUCAUUGUUUCUUCUGAGUCAGCACAGCCCCAGCCAAAUAUCUUGAAAAGCUCUCUGUCAUUCAGUGGCCUUCCCUCUCGGGCUGGGAGUUCCCCAGAGAAGGUGUAGCUUACUGAGACAUUGAAAACUCAGUGUUUCAAGCCAGUGGCUGCCUCUUAGCAGGGAGUGGCUCAGACUUUCCUUCCAGAGUUUCAGAGAUCUUUCUGGUAGAAGGGGCUAUCUUUGGUUCAACCCUUUCAUUUUUCAGAGGAGGAAGCAUGGAUCCUAAGAGGUUAAGAGAUUUAUAUGACAUCACCAGCAACUUAUAGCAGGGCUGGGCCGCCUACUGCCUUGUUUCGAUGUUUUCUAUUAUCAUUCAUUAUAAUAGCUCAAAUUUCAUGUUAAGCAUAUUAUAUCCCUCAUCUCAUUUAAUCUUCACAAUAAACUUGAGAGGU